CUCCGAAGUACUCUGAAGACAGAAGAUAGAGAAACAACAACGAAGGUCUCCACUACGAGUACUCAUGGAACAAGUUAAUAAUUGUUCUUGUACAGAAAGCAGCCCUCUUUUAUAAUCUCUUCUCUACGUAUAAUCGCUGUCUGCGCUCUGUUCUAGGAUACGAUAAGGUAGCACUACUAUGGCUGCCGUCAACUACACAAUCGAAGAUCCAAACACUGUGCCAUGGAUCAAGACCCCCCUCGUGCGCUCAGCUGCACUUUCAAAGCUUGCCGGCUGUGAAAUCUUACUCAAGCUGGAAAAUAUCCAGCCGAGUGGGUCGUUCAAAUCUAGAGGGAUAGGUAAUCUGGUCCUUCAGUCUGUCAACUCAGCUCCACCAGACACUCCGCUUCACUUCUACUCUUCAUCAGGAGGCAAUGCUGGUCUCGCUUGCGUUAACGCAGCAUCUACUCUGGGCUAUCCUUCCUCUGUUAUCGUGCCUCUCAGCACCAAACCUUUUAUGAUUGAUAAGCUUCGUACCGCUGGCGCUACAGAAGUGAUCCAGACUGGCCAAACAUGGUUUGAGGCAGAUAAGCACCUUCAGGAAGAGAUACUUGCAAGAGAUCCGAACGGCAUCUACCUCCCGCCCUUUGAUCACUCCGACAUCUGGCAAGGAGCAGCUACUAUGGUCGACGAGAUUGUGCAAGAAUUAACACACGUCCCAGAUGCGAUAGUGUGCUCAGUAGGAGGAGGAGGACUAAUGAUUGGUGUUUGUAAAGGACUGGAGAGACUGGAUAAGGAAAAGAAAGCGAAAGUUGUGGCGGUCGAAACUUUAGGGGCAGAGUCACUACACAAGUCGGUAAAGGCGGGACAGUUGAUCACUUUGCCGGGUAUCGCAUCACUUGCUACUUCACUAGGUGCGACGACCGUCGCUGCCAAAGCACUAGAGUAUGCUCUACAGCCUCAGGUUCGUAGUACGGUAGUAUCAGAUAAGGAAGCUUUAGAAGCCUGUAUCCGGUUUCUUGAUGACGAAAGAAUCUUGGUUGAGCCAGCCUGCGGCGCGACUUUGGCAAUGGUGUAUUCAGGAAAGCUCAAAGAUGUGCUGAAACUCGACGCCAAAAGCAAAGUGGUGCUCGUGGUUUGUGGGGGAUCAAAUAUCUCAUUAGAAUUGAUAGAAGGCUAUAAAAAGAUGUUUUGA